GCGCAUCAUGCACGCGCUCGGAGUCGCGCGCCUGGCUUGCUACUGCCAGCUGCUGCUGCUCGGAGUGUUCGGAAAGCACACGCGUUAUCGUCACAAUAAUUAUAACAGCUUGAGGAAUAUGUCACACCGCAUGCAUCUGCCCACGUACAUGAUGCAUCUCUAUCGGCAUUACAAGAUGAACCAGACGCGCAUACCCGCGGAGAGCCUCGAGCACGAGCACGCAGACACAAUCAGGAGCAUCAUGUCUAAAAAUGUGCUCAACAAUGACAACCACUACGUGGCGAUCUUUGACCUGUCUCCGGUUUUGUCGGAACGUCAGAUUCAGGCAGCGGAGCUGCGGAUCCGCGUCCCUAGAGACCUGCACCCCGAUGGGCUGACAUUGGAGCUCCAGCACCAGCAGGGGGCGCCGUGCCCUCGUCACCAGCCCUGCCCGAAGAGCCAGUCUCUGGGCCUUUUGCCGGAGGAGUCCCUGCUGAGCGUAACACAGCACUGGAGGGUGUAUAAUGUCACAAAUCUGCUUCUGCACUGGCCCCGGCCCCGAACAUCUCCCCGCAGCCGAGUAAAGACCAAGAGACCAGCAGCGGCCCCUGGGGGAAAGGAGAUCCACAGUGGGCCUAGGAGACCAGCGGCAGCCCCUGGGGGACAGGAGCUCCAGAGAAGGCCCCGAAGACCAGCAGUGGCCCCUGAGGAACAGGAGCUACCGAGCAGGCCCAGGAGACCAGUGGUGACCUCUGGGGCACAGGAGCUCCAGAGUGGGCCUCAGAGACCAGCAGCGGCCCCAGGGGGACAGAAGAUCCAGAAUAGACCCCGGAGACCAUCAGCAGCCCCUAAAGGACAGGAGCUCCAGAGCAGGCCCAGCAGACCAGCGACAGCUCCUAGGGGACAGGAGCUCCAGAGCGCACCCCAGCGGCCAGUAGUGGCCCCUGGGGGUCGGGAGAUUCAUAGCAGGCCCUGGUUGCCAGCAGCAACCCCUGGGGGACAGGAGAUCCAGAAUGGGACCCAGAAACACAGAGCCAUGCUGCUGCUGUUUUCAGAGCAGCAGGACGGGGCCAGUCUCCUACACACCGCCGGGGCCUCGAAGUUUCUGUUUUCUAGAAAUAAGAAAGAAGUCAAGCGAGGACGGGCCCUCAGGAGCCGCAGGGGCCGCCGGGGGCCACCUGUCAGGAGCCCAGAGCUGCAGAGAACACCACUGCACAAGAGCACCACCUGCAGGAGGGUGGACAUGCAUGUGGAUUUUAACCAGAUCGGAUGGGGCUCCUGGAUCGUGUUCCCUAAGAAGUACAAUGCAUACCGGUGCGAGGGGGCCUGCCCGAACCCACUGGGAGAAGAGCUGCGGCCCACCAAUCAUGCAUACAUGCAGAGCUUGCUGAAAUAUCAUCACCCCAGUCGUGUUCCUGCAUCCUGCUGCGCUCCGACCCGCACCAGCGCUCUCAGUAUGCUGUACUACGAGAACGGAGAGAUGAUUCUGAGACACCACGAGGACAUGCAGGUGGAGGAGUGCGGAUGCCUGUGAU